GGGUGCUCCCCUGUUCCCCUUUUGCCCUCUGUUGCCUCUGCUGCUGCUGUCGACCUCGUUGGCACCGAGUCGGUCGGCGCUGCGUCUGCCCCUAGCGGGAGGCGCCGCAACGGCAAGGGGAAGGGGGGCAAGGGUGCUGGGGGAGCGGGCGGGGGCGGUGGUGGUGGCGGUGGGGGUGGCGGAGGGGGUGGGGGGGGCGGUGGGAGUGGUGGCGGGGGUGGGGGCUCUGGUGGCGGUGGCGGAGGCGGCGGCGGCGGUGGCGUUGGGAGUGGAGGAGGCGGCGGUAGCGGCGGUGGCGGCGGUGGCGGCGGGGCUGGCCGGGGUGGCCCAGUCGGGGGUUGCUAUCUUUGA